UGUAAACGCUUAACAACAAAGAACUCUCCAUAGUCGAUUGUUUAAGCGCUUUGUUGAGAAGACCGUCGAAAAUAACUGGUACACGUGUAACAGCUGAUCGAGAAUUGAUAAUGUUUGUGAGGUGUCUCUGUCUGAUUUUGAGCAUAUGUGUUGGACAUGUGACUUUACAUGAGAGUUACCCACCAGGAAUACCUCCACCCAAUAGUCAACAAGCACAUCAACACCAGGCCCCACCAGGCCAUCAGCAAGCUAACCAGGGUCAACAAAUUCAUCAAAACCAGGGUCAACAGAUUAAUCAAGACCAGGGUCAACAGAUUCAUCAAAACCAAGGUCAGCAAGGUCAGAACCUUCAGUUCCAGGCUGGCCAGCAGCAGCAGCAGCAGCAGCAGCAGCAACAGCAGCAGCAGAAUAUACAGGCCAGUGGUCACUAUCAAGAUGUCAACGUCCAGAACAUGCAGCAGGCCAAUCAACAACCAGGUGGUCAUGGACAUCAACCUGGUGGAUUCAGGCAGAAAGAACAGGUUCACAAUGCUGAACAUAUUAGGGAACAUUUGAAGGAAGUGAUUGACAAACCCAAGGAAGAGAUGACGGAGGAGGAGUUAGAAUUCCACUACUUCAAAUUACACGAUUACGAUAGCAAUAACAAGCUCGACGGCACGGAAAUCACAAAGGCCAUCACACAUUUUCAUGAUGAUCACGAGCAAGGGAGUCCAGCCGAACAGGAAGCUAACAAGAAGGUGUUCAGUGACGACGAACUCAGUAACAUAGUAGAAAUGGUACUUAAAGAAGAUGAUCUGGACAUGGAUGGGUAUAUCACAUACGCCGAGUUCGUUAAGGCUCAGAGGAAAGCACAGGCAACAGACAAAUCGCAGCCAUAGAGGUCACACAGAGAAUAGGUCAGCGUUAAAAUUCUCAAUGAAUAAUCAGCAGGAUUUGUUGGACGUUAUUUAUCAUUUAAACACUGAUAUUUUUAUCAUCAAUAUUUUUCCAUCACUCUUGUCAUUUUAAAAAUCUUUAUUCCGAUAACUUUUAAAUUAUAUAUAUAUAUAUAUACAAGUUAUUCGUAUAUUGAUUAUUGUUCUAGUUUUUUCAGAUGUCUUCAAUAUAUGUGUCUAGAAAUGUUGUUGACAAGCUUAACUUAAAAUGUUAAUUUGUUUUCUUUAAGGAAUAUUACACUAGGCUGCAGAUGGAAUCCAAUACAGAUACUAUGUAGUCAACACUUAAGACUUUUUAGCUGGGCAUUUGAUAUUUUAGUAUGCUAGUAUUAUAACAAACAACAGUAUUCUAAAAGAAAACGAAAUGAGUAUUUUUCUGCUGAAAUAUUCUAUAGUCUCCAUUUAAGACGUAUUUCUAUCUAAAACUUCACUGCCCUCCAAAAGUUCUGUUACACUUGCACAUCUUAAAUAGAAUGGCUAGCCAACAGAAUUUGAGAAAAAGUGUUGUAAUAUCCGUAAGAUAGUCCAUUUGUUAGUGACGAUUGCAAAUUAUUUGAAAAAUACCUCACUUCUUUGAAGUUUCAGGGAGAGGGAAUGGAGGGUCCUAUUUUCCAUAAUGUUCAAAAUGAUAAAAAAAAAAAUUCUGACACAAAUAAAAGUAAUUGUUUAACUGAUUAACAGUAAAAAAUGUAAGAAAUGCAUUUUUGAAAUUUAUAUUAAACAAAGAGGGAAAUUUCCAGAAUGUUGCAUUUUGAGGAUUUCCAUUGUAACAAAACAUAUGCACUGUUGAAAAAUGAACAUGAACAUUUGAAAUUAUCAACAAAAACAUCCUAAGAAGUUAUGAUUAUAACAAAUUGUAAUAAAGACUUCGAGAUUAACUUGGUUGUGUUUUAAUUGUGACAGGACGUUUGGAGGGCAGUGUUGUUCAUAACCAUGUACCAUGACUAAAAGACAUCUUUGUAUUAUUUUGUCCCUAAAUGUGGGCAUUUAAAUUAAUAUAGAUAUCUGCAAUGCGCUUAAAUGUAUAAGUUGUACUAUUAAAAAUUAGGGAAUCUUGGUGGAAUAUUACAAUAUAAUUUUUAUUUAUUCCAUUUUAAACAAAUUGCUUUACUCCCAGAUAGCUUUACAGAUUAUGACUUUAUACAAGGUAAGGGAUAUAUUACUUAUUUCAAUAUGUUAAAUUUUAAUCAAUUUUAAUCUCUUUUCAUAUUUAUUUUGUCAAAGUAAUGUUUUGUAGAAAUUGUAUGUUUUUUGUAAUUUAAUGAAUAUUUCGUUCGCCUUAAUAUUUAAAGCCAAAUAACUUAACUCGAACUCAUUUACUUAAUACAGGGCGAUAUGAAAGAAAUCCAUGGCAAUAUUCAGCGUAAUGUAUCAUGUAUAAAUGCUUAUUUUUUCAAGGUCACCUAGUGCUUUAUAUAGCAUGCUAUCUAAGUUUCAGGUAUAUUCGUUUUCGCGAGUGUUUUAAAAAUCGCAAAAAAAUCAAUUUCCUGAAAUGAACGAAAUAGCCUAAGUAUGUUUUCUUUUACAUUCAAUGUCUCCGAAUGAAUUUCCUAGAAAUUGUGUUGCCAAUUUCAAGGUCACAGUGUGAAGCACAAAGGUCAGCAUUGUUUCCUAUUUUAUCAUGGCACAAAUUUACUGUUACGCUAAAAUAAAUAUAUCGCAAAUAUUAGUGUUUCAAAAUGGUUAGUAUUUUUGUAAUGCAACUAGACCUAGUCAAUCAGAUAUAUAGAAAAUAGCAUCAUUCGUAGUCUUUUCAAGAGUUUUGUGCUUGAUGAUUAUAAAAUGAUGAAAUAUUUAGAUGCCUAACUUAUCCUCCGAAUUAUAGAAAUAGCAUUUUGAUAAUUUUUUAUUUAUAAAUAUUCUUUGUUAGUAGAUGAAUACAUUGUAACAGUGAGUGUUUUCCUUAUUUUCACGACAGCAUCAUGAGAAUGAUUCAUUUAAUAAAAUCUGAGGUGUUGUAGUGUGAUCUGUUUUUUAUGUAUGGACGUUUGUAUUCAUAAGUGAAAUUUAUUAUCUGUUAUGGAGAUAAUUAUUUAAUCAGAGAAGUAUAUAUUUUAUUUAUAGCUUUCAUGCUUCAAAAAGUGCUGGGUCUCCGGGAAAAAAAUGAUUUGAAAAUUUACAGUGAUAUACAUGGAUAUACAUUAACACACUGUGUGUAUAUCUGAUUACUCCGAUCUGUAUUCAGCGGAAUCUCGUCAGACUGUUCGACCGUUCUAGGCAAUAAAUAAUUAAAAUCGUGAAAAUGACAUUACCUGUUGCGAGUUAAUUUCCGGAAGCGACAGUGUUGGUGCUGUUUUACGAAUUAGAAUAUUUCUCUCAGUAUUCAGACCUACAAAGAAGUUUCCCUGUCUCCCCGUGUCACAUUCCAUGUCUGGACGUAUGUAUGUGUGUUUGUGAUGGUGGUAGCUAUUGUAUACAAGUAUGUGAAUGAAGGAAAUAAAUUCGAAAUAUAUGGUU